AUGCACCCAGAAGAAGAACAAAAGCAGCCAUCUCAGCAGCAUGCGGAUUCCCAGGAACCACUACAUAAUGACGGUGUGGGCAGCCACAAUGAGGGAAUGUCCGCGGGCUCCGUAGCGGAGAUUUACCGCGAGUCCUUCCGCUUUCGACAGGAACCACACAAACACAAAAACUCUCGCAAACAAAUGUUACGUAUUCUUUUCUGUGUUUUGUGUUUUUGUUCCUUUGUGCUUUCCGUGGUCGCCACGCCGCUGGAUAUAUUCCGCGAUCGCAGCAGUUCUCUUUGUUUGACGAUGUGGGGUGGUCGGGCCACCUGCAGUACAAAUGAGUAUAAACCAAUAGACUGGGGUUGUUCCGAUCGACGCAGUCACAUCAAUGCCUCUCGUGCCUUUUCUAUUCUUUCUAUUCUUCUCUCUUGUAUUGCCUGCAUUCUUGGUGUGUUGUUGGUGUUCGAGAUCUUUCUUUUCCGCCGCAUUGUGCCUGCAGUGAUUUCCCUUGGCGCCAGCAUUACACUCGUGUUAACAUGGGGAUGUAUAGCGGGUGUAUAUAAUGAGAUGUUGUGUGAGACGGAGAUAUCGCCGGGAACUUCACUGAAGGGAACGUAUAAAUACGGGGCGGGAUUUGGAAUUUUCGUCGCGGCCUUUUGUCUGCAGUUUGUGGCUACCAUAGUGGAGUACUUUGCGUGA